GUCCAAAGAGUAAUCUCUUGUCCUUGCCUUGGACCACAUGGAUGCCUUCAACUGUGCCCCCACAAAACUAUCUUCACAAUUAUCUCUUCAGAAAUUUGAAUUGCGGUUGGAACUUGGAACAGUAGUAGUGAAAUUAGACUGGUUGCUCAAACAGUAGCAGAGUUAAGUAGAUAAAGAAUGAUAACAUAUCCUUGUAUAAAAGCUGAGGAGGAACAAAAAUGGCGGACACCAUUGUUUCAAAAAUGGUGGACACCAUUGUUUUGUACCCCACGCAAGGACGAGGUCAUCUUGUUUCCAUGGUAGAACUUGCCAAGCUCAUACUAACCCACCACCCUUCGUUCUCUGUCACCAUUAUCAGCUAUGAAGCACCUUACGAAACCGGGUGCACAGCCCCUUACAUCGCUACCGUCUCCUCCACAAACCCUUCCAUCAUUUUCUACCACCUCCCCACCGUCCCCAUCCCCACCAACAAUACAUCCUCCUCAAUCUUGGAUAUCAAAACUCUAUCCUUCGAGUGGCAUACUGUAAACAACCCGAAUUACCACCAAGCACUAGUAUCCAUUUCCCGAUCGGCCAACAUUAAGGCCGUCAUCAUGGAUUUCUUCUGCAACUAUUCCUUUGACGUCUCCACGGGUCUUGGCAUCCCCACAUACUACUUCAUCACCGGUGGCCUUACUGCAUUCACUGCCUUCCUUUACUUUCCUACCCUCCAUAAGAACCUAACUAGAAAUUUCAAAGACCUCAAUGAGAUUAUCAAUAUUCCGGGCAUGCCACCUAUCUUAGCAAAAAACAUGCCAGCUCCCAUGCUCGAUCGUUCUAAAAAAGUUUACCAGUAUUUCUUAGAGACUGCACUCCAAAUGCCCAAAUCGGCGGGGAUUGUGGUUAACUCCAUUGAAACACUGGAGAAGAGAGCUCUGAAGGCAAUACUUAAUGGAGAAUGCACCCCAGGUGAGCCUGCUCCUGUAAUUUAUUGUUUAGGGCCGCUGGUGGCUACUGAUGGAAGCAAUGAAGGAGGAACUAAGCACGAGUGCUUGACCUGGCUUGACUCACAACCGAGUCGAAGCGUCGUGUUUUUAAGUUUUGGUAGCCUGGGGAAGUUCUCCGCAAAGCAGCUGAAAGAAAUGGCGGUUGGGUUAGAGAGAAGUGGUGUAAGGUUCUUGUGGGUUGUGCGCGCCCCUCCGCCGGAUGAAAACGUGGCCGCCGUGGCCGAGCCGAGCUUAGAGUCGUUGUUGCCGGAAGGAUUCCUUGAGAGGAAUAGAGCCAGGGGGUUAGUUUUGAAAGGGUGGGCUCCACAGGUGGAAGUGCUGAGUCAUGACUCGGUGGGUGGCUUCAUUACACACUGUGGGUGGAACUCGGCGCUUGAGUCGUUGCGCGCGGGGGUGCCGAUGUUGGGUUGGGCGUUAUAUGAGGAGCAGAAUAUAUAUCAGUUGGCAAUAGAGGAGGAGCUGAAGGUGGGUUUGGCCCUGAGGAAGAGGGAAGAUGGGUCAGUGAGUGCGGCGGAAUUGGAGAAUGGAGUGACCGAGUUGAUGAACUCAGAGAGGGGAAAAGCCAUCAGGGAGCGCGUGAUGGCGGUGAGAGAGACGGUGCUAGGGGCAUUUUGUGAUGGUGGGCCCUCUCAAGCUGCCUUAGCCCGGUUCGUUGAGGCAAUUAGACGUGUUUGACUUCAAUGAAAGUUUGAUAAACUCUCAUGUAGCAUGAGCGUCGCCCAUGGGUUGGUGGAAGCAAUAUUAUUUAU